AUGCUGAUGCACGGCGGCGGAAAGAACUACUACGCGUUUUUCGACAGUCAGUUUUCAAAAAUCUUUUUUUGAAAGAAUGUGGAAACAUGAGUUUUGUCGUUUCGUAUAGCUUUUCAGCGCGUUCUCAAAUAUGCACUGAAAACUGCCCAAAAGGAAUUUUUUGAGCAAAAACUGGAUUGCGAAAGAUUGGAUCACACAUGGUCGCUUAUCGUAAUGAAGUGUUCGAAGUGAUUCCGCGAAAUCCAAAAAUCGCUCCGACUCUCCCAAUUUUUUUGUUUUCAUUUUUCUUUCUCUGGCGGCUAUUUUUUUAACUUUGAAAAAAAAUUAAUAUUCAUGAAGACGAAAUUUCCUGGUCAAAUUUUUUUAAAAAAAUUAGCCUAAUCGGAAUGAAGGGGAAUUCUUUGGAAAUACAGAGAAUUUUUUUAAUCGGAUGAAAGUUAAAAAAAUGAUUACUUUGCUGAGAAGUUUUUGGCGGAAGUUCAAUAGCAUUUCCAAACCAAAUUUGAAUUCGAGAACGAUUGUUCAGCUACAGAAAAAAAACUAGAAGAUGGCGUGAAUAUCUCAAGCAUCCUAUGUUACUGUGAUCUUUGCGCUUUUCAGAAUUCGCAAUGGUCGAAGGAGCCGUCCUUCCGAAAGAAACGUUCGCAGCGGCAAAGAAGCGAAUCCUCAGUUGACUUUUUCAACGUUAUCCGAAUGUUAAUUCGACUAUUUCAGCUGAGGCGGAGCGUCUUGAUAAGAUUGGGAAGCUGUCGGUAGAUCGUGAUUUGCGUCUUUUUCCCGCGAAACCCCUCGUCGAGAAGAAAGGGUCUUUUGAGAACAUACCGGAGCUGACUCGUCAGAAAAAUGCUGAAAAGGAGUUGCAGAAACAGGAUAAAUAGCACCGCACGACCGAUUUUUAGUUUCUUCUGUCUAAUAAAAUUUCAAAAAGAUUCUUUCCACAAUAUAUUUGUGAAGACGUUUUUCGACGACCUAAUGAUCAGUGCACGGAGUUUAUACGGGAAAGCCGGUGACUCCUCCGGUGUGACAUGGAGGUCUCGACCGAAGAAUAAGCCGUCGUGGUGAAGCGAUGAAUGAUUCAUCAUUUAUAUCUAUUCUGCCCAGCCGCAAUCCGUGAUGGAAUUCCACGACGAACACUUUCUCUACUGUUUCGCAGUUAUCACUGCGUUUCAAAUCGGUUGAGGCGCGUGGAAGGGAGUGUGGCCUAUAUCGCGCAAAUCUACGCGAGUCUCGCGGCUCCGACUGUGGAUUUACAGGUAAUUAGAUAAAUAACGUUUUUUGAUUUUUUUUUUUUUUCGAAUCGAAAAUCCUUUCUACAUGAUUUAUUUAGCAACAGAAUAGUUCCUUCAUACGCUUGCACAUUUUUAACGCGUAAAAACCUUCGUUUCAUUUUCUACGACCAUUGAGAAAAUACAGAGAUUUUAACGUUUUGCAAUUGCAAAAAUAGGAUCGGGAAGCCUCCUAAAAAAUCAAAACUUAUUUGAGCAUUGCAUAACGCUGAAUGAGUUUCCUUUUGAAGUUUCGGUAGUGAUAGCUUUUACAAAAGCGUAAAAUUAAAGAUUUAAUGCUCUUUGUGAAUUGAUCAAUUUGAUUCUGCCGGCCCGUCGACCUCUCGGCUCCCGGCCACUUCCCAAGCCCGUCCCGGCCCGGCCCUAGGAGGUCUUAAGCAAAAAGGGCCGGCCCAAAAAGCUCAGAUUUACUUCAAGUCGUAUUUUUCGUUUUUAAAAAGAGAAGUGGUGUUUUCGCUUAUUUUUUCUCAUACAGUUACAUUGAAAACUAAUAUUCAAAAAGUAAAAAUAAUUUCUUGGUGAAAAAUUGUUUUUCAAUGAAAUCAAAUAUUUUUUCAAAGCCCGGCCUGACGAACAAGCCUGGUUACCGCCAAAGUAUAGCUGCUCAGCAGGCUUGUGCGAGGGCCGGCUUGUCACCCUCCCGGCCCCCCGACCAUUUCGUAAGCCCGGCCCGGCCCGGCCUUAG